GUCGCGUAAGCCAUAUUUGUCAGUGGGUUCGCUGGUUCCGUGCUGUGUUGUGCACAUUUUCAGAUCGUUUUGACCUGUAAAUACUCCUUUAAAUAAAAUAAAAUACCAUGUCUGAAUUAGGAGAACAAAACCCCGUCUACGGACCCUUCUUUGGAGUUAUGGGGGCAGCCUCGGCUAUUAUUUUCAGCGCGCUGGGUGCUGCUUAUGGCACAGCCAAAUCAGGAACCGGUAUUGCCGCCAUGUCGGUCAUGCGACCGGAACUGAUCAUGAAAUGUAUUAUUCCUGUUGUCAUGGCGGGUAUUAUUGCCAUCUAUGGUCUGGUAAUAGCUAUCCUCAUUGCCGGUAACAUUUCGGCCCCUACCACCUAUACUUUAUACAAAGGCUUUUUACACUUGGGAGCAGGUCUCGCAGUAGGAUUUUCUGGUUUAGCUGCAGGAUUCGCUAUUGGUAUCGUGGGAGACGCUGGUGUAAGAGGAACGGCGCAACAACCAAGGCUCUUCGUAGGAAUGAUCCUUAUCCUUAUUUUUGCUGAAGUAUUAGGUCUUUACGGACUUAUUGUCGCUAUCUUCUUGUACACCAAAAAUUAAAUUGUUUUUUGUUGUUUCGAAAUUUUUCAGAUCCUCCCAGUAAAUCUCCUCCAUUCAAUAAACUUACCAUUUCUUGGUCAACAAGAUUUUAGGUAACUAUCAUUAAUUGUGUAAAAAUAAUGCCGAUGUAAAAAAUGUAAACCAUAGCGAAGGUGACCACGCUCAUAUUUAACUAUGGUAGAUAGGGCAGUAUGAUAGUUUUUCUAUGCCGCCCCUAUCAUAAUGUAAAUACAUAUUCACAUCAUUUUAGUCAGUUUCGCGAGGGUAUACUUCUUUAUUAAAUUAAUUAUUGUAUAGAGACUAUAGAUUUUAGGUUAUCUACAUUUAUUUCCUAUUGAGAUAUAAUAUAUUUAAGCCGGCUCUAUUGAGUCGGAAUUUAAAUAAAAAAAAGUUGAAAAAAAUAGCACAAUUUUUUUUUAAUUUCAUCGAGACAUAGAGUUAUUUUUAUUUGUAUUGCAUUAGUGAGUUGUAUGUCGACUGUUAUGUCUUGGCCUUAGAGGCUGAUGGUGUUCUCUUUAAUUUUUUUAUUCAUUCUACAUAUCAUUCAAUUAUUGUUAUAAUUCCAACAACUUGAUUUUUUGUCCCAUUUUAUUGUGCUAUGUUUUGUUCACACAGUGAGUGUAACUAUUGUAAUAGAAAUAGUUCAACAGCAUAAAUAGUAUACCAUCUUUAUCGAAUCGUGUGCAUUGCAGUAUUACAUUAUGUUAAGUUUUAAUUUUUAAUUGGUGUCUAAAAUAAAUAGUUACAAAAUUAUGAACAAAGAGUUAUUGUAAUUUUGUUCAGACCUAUCUUAGGCAAUUUUUCAUUAUUAAAAAUAUUGUUGUAAAUAAAAUAGCAGCAUAAUGUAUUGAUGGUUUGGUGUCCAUAGUUAAUAGGUGUUAGCUUCUUAAAAGUAGUCCUGCCCAGAUUUAGGAGAAAAAAAAACGUGGCUGAAUUUUACCCAAACUACAAAUGUAUGGGUAUGUUCAACACGUUUAUCGUUACUAACAAUAAGAUGGUAUAUAUUUUCUGUUUUAUUUUAGUCACCGUAACUCAUAUAGCAAAAAUGUAAUGUUGAAGCUUUGUGGAUGUCUCUUGUCUUAAUGAUUUUAACUGAUAUUCAAAAUCAAAAAUGCUUGCUUGGCAAUUAAACAUAUUCUAUCAAAAAUGUAAAGCCUGGUUAUUGUGCAUCAUAUGGCUAUUUAAACAACACAUUUUAUUAUAAACUAAGUUUGGUUGUGGAACAAGUUACGUAGGUAGGGAGUUUGUUUUUGGUACCCCCAAAAGAGGCAAAAGGCAUCCAACUUUGUUUUAGAGUAAGAUGUAGGAUGGUUUUUAUGUAAAAGGAAGGGAACAGCAAAAUUAUGUUGAAAAUAAAUAAUUUGUACAUUCCAUUACAAUUUCUGUUUUAUCAA